GACAUGAUUUUCUUGGGUGAUUUCAACGCAGACUGUGGAUACGUGGCCAAGAAACGUUGGAAAGACAUCCGCCUGCGCCAGAAACCUGGCUUUCAUUGGCUCAUAGGAGACAAAGCUGACACCACUGUUCGAGAGAAGACCCACUGCGCUUAUGACAGGAUUGUGAUUCAUGGUGAACGCUGCCUGGAUGCUGUUGUACCUGGAUCAGCUCAGCCAUUUGAUUUCCCCAAGGAAUUUGGGCUUUCUGAGGAAGAGGCCUUAGAGAUCAGUGAUCAUUAUCCUGUAGAGGUGGAACUUGUCUCUUCCUGUAAGAAGCUCCAGCCAGCUAGUUUAGCUGGUCUUGUGUUGCUGACCAUAGUUGUGAUAUCAGACUCAAGAUAUGGCAUAUGAAGGAAGAAGAUGGCUGUUGUGCUAGUCCUAGAACAAUACCGAUGGAGGCUUACCAAAAGGGUACUUAUUACUCUCACAACAGCACUUGAAUCAAUUAUGUUGACUCUAGAUUCAGCUUCCAUCUGUGGUGAAUCUCUGAUGUUCUAACAGUAAGUUCUGGGAAAGCCUUGGAAAUGGAUCCCUCCUAAGUCAACGGGAGUGCUGAUUUCCCACCAGCUUAUCAAGUACUUAGGAGGGGAGGGCUUGACAGCUGAAGGAAACAACAGCCAAUGGCUUAAUAGCCAGCCAUCAACUUCCCAGUCAACAACUAAAAAGCUAUUUUCAACUGGGCACCAUAUAAAUACCACACAGAGAACAGCUGAAAGUACACACUCUACUAGAGAGACAUUCCCUGAGGAUGGGCUCCAACACAAGUCUGAAAGCUUGGAAGACUAAACCUGUGGUCCCAGUAACCAAUCCAGAUUGGAUCCUGCAAAAGUAGGCUCUCCCCAAAGUACCUACUUUUGGAUCAGAGGUGGGUUCCUACCAGUUCGCACCUAUUCGUUAGAACCGGUUCAUCAAAUCUACCGAACC